CACUGGACCACUCCCAUGAUGCCGGUGUAUUCUGUGACCCAAAUCCUGAUGAGGUUUGCCCAGUUCAUGAUGAUGUCUCCAGUAAUGGUGCUGGGGAAGACUGCAGCGCUGUACAGUUUUCGAGGAGCUGCUUGCAAAGGUACGGUAACUGUGUGCCCUACAAUGCCCGAGAGAUGCCAACCCUUGCGACGACUUUUACGAGUCAGGAGUGGACUACGUGUACAUUCCCUACGAGAG